AAAGAUUACAAUCAAUUUGCUUUCACGUGGUCAAUUUGUAUUGUUUUUUAUUGCUUAUCAUGUUAUUCAAUUUAUAUUCGUGUAAUACGUGCAAUUAAUGGAAGUUCUAUGUAUAGAUAUAUCAAGUAGUAUUACUGAAGUCCUACAUUUGUACUUCAUUUAAUUACAAUCAAGGUUAAAGUUGUACAACCAUAGAUUUUAUCAUAAAUAAUGUUGCAAUUUAAUGUCAAGACAGAGAUGAUCCUAGAUUACAAUUAUUUACAACUGCUAGUUAAACGUGUUUCUUGAUAGCAAGGUCACGCAAGAUGAAUAUGAUUAACUAAACCAAGUAAUCGAAAAUAUUGUACAACGUACCAUUGUAUUCUAUUAACAUAAAACGGAGAUAAUAAGUAAAAUUGCACGAUGUAAAAUACCGGUGAUAUAUCGCGCCAGCACGCGAGAUCGUUUAUCAGCUAUUAGUUGCUCGCCAGGUGUAGGGUUCAUUAAAGAUAAUACGCAGGAGAUAAUACCAGUAUCCAAGUCAAAUUUAGUUCUUAUAAACGUUGGGUACAUGAAACAUGUUUUCUUCUCGCAUUUUGUGACAAUUUGAUUAUGCACGCAAUUAAAAUAGUUAACUUUUAAUUAUCUGAGGCUCCUUUGUUUAUAUGAUUUAUUGUUUUAACAAUAAAUUAUAUAUAAUAUUUGAAGAACGCAAUUUUAUAGAUUGAUAGUAAAUGAUAUUUAAAGAGAUGAUGACUGUAAAGAGUUUGAAGCAAGUUGUUAUGCCUGUUAUAUGGCUGAACUGUAUAUUUUGCAUGGGAGUAUUUGAAAUACCUAUAAAUCGUCCACGAUAUUUUCUAAGUGCUUUUUAUGUCGUUUUGAUAUUGACUGGAUAUUUUGUUAUACUUUACAAAGGAAUUUUUAUGGGCGAAAUAAUAAUUCAGGAUAACGAAACACAUAUAACACUAUUUAAUAUUUUCUUGGGAAUCAACGUCAUAGUCGCCAUCAUGGCUAUAAUUCUGUUCUGGAAGAAAUCAGAGAGUUUGAACAUCAUAAUUAAGAGAGCUGGUAUAGCGGAUAAUACUUUGGAGAUGUUGGGCAUAAAAAAAGACUAUGCAAAAACCUUUCGCAAUAUUUUGUAUUUUACGACUAUCUGGACAAUGAGCAAUACAUUAAUAGUCGUUACCAAUAUAAUAUGGGACUAUCGUGAGAUUGGAUAUUGGUAUUCUAUUUACCACACCACAUGCAUGUGUUUCCCGAUUCUAAUAAAUUCUGUAGUAGACCUCACAUUCGUCUCGUUGAUCAGAUGUGUUCAUAUAAAAUUUCAGAACACAAAUGCUGUAAUCAACAAUUUAAUGCUCUGGGUAGAUGAAUCAAAUGUUAAGAUUCAUAAUCAGCACGAUAAUAUGCCUAUUGCAUUUAUUAUGAGAGGUUACAAAAAUCAUAAAGAUAAAAUAAUGCAUAUCAUGCAAACAGUGAGACAUUUACAUUUGGAAAUUACGAGAAUUGCACAACAAAUUAAUAGUAUUUAUUGUCUGCAACUUCUACUCGAAAUGGCAGUCCAUUUUACGGCAGUAACAUCGACUGUUUAUUGUUUAUAUGGUGCGAUGUUUGGUCGCACAAAGAUUAGUGGCGAAAAAGAUAUUGUGUUGCUAAUAUGGGCAUCUAUUUAUUCAAUUAAAGUUAUAUUGGUAAAUUGGCUUUGCACGAGUGUAUCAACCGAGGCAUAUAAAACUGGCGAAAUUAUACAAUCUCUUGAAGAAUUUACUGUUGAUGACGAUUUGAGAGAAGAAAUUCAUCAAUUUACACAGCAAAUUGUGCUUAAUUCAUUAAAAAUUACUGCUUUUGAUUUCUUUACAAUUGAUAAUUCUCUUACUGGCGCGUUCUUUGCCACGGUUACGACAUAUGUUGUUAUUCUAAUACAAAUGAACCCUGCACCUACAUAACGUGUAACAAGUGAAAUUAAACAUUAAUUAAAUUAAGCAUAUUAUAGAUAAACAAUUCUUCUACUAAUACUGUUUUUCUAAGAAACAGGAGUUUACAAAAGAGUUUAAUAUAAGUUUAUUUAAAUUAUCUCGAUAAAUGUCAUGUAAUUCAUAAAAUAUUAAAAUUUUCGAAAUAUAUUAACAUAUAUACAUUAAAUCAA